AUGGCUGUGAUAGAUGACUUCUUUGGUAAAAAUAAGGUACAACAAAACAAGGUGAAAAGAAGAGCCACACAGCCCAAACCAUCGGCUAGAGCGGCAGCAGCAACUUCAGUCACGGGUGGUGAUGAACGUGUUAUAAAGAAACCUAAGCUGGAAUUGGAUGAAAACAGCAACGAUGCAACACAGAAACUAAGUGCAGAGGACGUUUUAAAGACAAUUCCAGAUUUAGACCUAGAUUCAGUCGACAUUGGGUCUGGCAAAUUUUCCUUUGCUAACAAGCAAGAUGAUCCUUCUUCUUCCCACAACGAUUUUCAAGUUGAAGCAUUAGCCAAUGGAAGAGAAAACUGUCUCAAUGGGUUGACCAUUGUUUUCACGGGGAAUCUACCCACCAUUGAUAGGGAUCACGCGGUACAGUUGGCCAAAAGAUAUGGUGCAAAAGUCACGAGCAGUAUAAGUAAAAAUACCUCUUUAGUUGUAAUAGGUACGGGUGCUGGUCCAUCGAAAAUCUCCAAGAUCAAAAGUUUGGGCACCAAGUGUGUCAAUGAGGACGGAUUUGUGGAAUUGAUUUCGAAGAUGCCUGCAGACGGCGGUGCCGGGGAGAAGGCGCAGAAGGAACUGGCAAAGAAAAGAGAAGAGGAGAGGAAGGUUGAGAUGGAAAUAGAGGAGGAGAUUGCUAAAGAGAAGAAACAACAACAAGAGGAAAAAAGGAAGCGUUUAGAUGUGGCAAUGAAUUCGCCUGGGUUGUCAUCGUCAGGAUCUGCAUAUGUGAAACCGCCAGUUGACCGCUCAACACAACUAUGGACCGAUAGAUAUGCACCAACUGACAUGAAACAGAUCUGCGGUAACAAGGGGAACGUUGAAAUGUUGUACAAUUGGCUAGCUACUUGGUUCGAUAAACCACACGAUAUGAAAGGAUCCAGCAUUGAUGCAUUCAAGGCUGUUUUGAUUAGUGGACCACCAGGGAUUGGUAAAACAACAGCUGCCACUCUUUUAUCGAAAAAAUUGGGGUAUGAUGUUAUUGAAAAAAAUGCCAGUGAUUUUAGAUCUAAAAAAGUAUUAAACGACAGUUUGAAAGUUUCGCUUGAUAAUACCUCAGUUGCUGGUUUCUUCAAACACGAAGAUCAUACCGCUACCACCAACAACAAGAAGAUUGUUUUGUUGAUGGAUGAAGUUGAUGGUAUGUCAAGUGGUGAUAAUGGUGGUGUCGCACAGCUGGCAGCUUUUUGUAGGGAGACCAAGACACCAAUGAUUUUGAUCUGUAAUGAUAAAUCGUUGCCAAAGAUGAGAACGUUAGACAGAUGUUGCUUUGAUUUGGUCUGGAGAAGACCCUCUGCAAGAGAAAUGAAAUCCAGAUUGAUGACAAUUGCCCACAGAGAAGGUUUGAAGCUGGAUCCAAAUAUAAUAGAUAAGUUGGUGUCCAUUACGCACAAUGAUAUCAGGCAAAUCAUAAAUAUCAUGUCUACAGUUGCUAGAACACAAAAGUCUCUUAACUUUGACAAUCUGAACGAUAUGCAGGAUUCAUGGGAGAAAGAGGUUUCACUGAAACCAUUCGAUGUUAUCCCCAGAUUAUUAUCUGUUAGUAAUUUGUCCAUCAAUGAAAAGAUUGGGCUCUAUUUCAACGAUAUGGAUAUCAUACCACUGAUGGUCCAUGAAAAUUAUAAGCUUACGAAGCCCAUAAAGGCUGGGAAUAAUAAUCUAAAGCAUUUAAAGCAAUUAUCAAUAGCAUCAGACUUAAUAUCCGAAAGUGAUCAUGUCAAUUCCUUGAUUCGAUCCGGAGAACAGCAAUGGUCCCUUUUACCCUUCCAUGCCAUUAUGUCAACGGUUUACCCGGCAUUUGAAGUAGCAGGACAAAUUGCAGGCCGUAUCAACUUUACUAGCUGGCUAGGUCAGAAUUCGAAGCGGAUGAAGUUUGAUAGAAUUGUGCAGAACUUACAGUAUCAUUCGUGUAUCAAGACAGGCACUAAUAACAUUGAUUUAAGAUUGGAUUACGUUCCGUUUUUAAGGGAAAAACUGAUUAAGCCUUUAGUUGAUGAGGGCCUUGAUGGGAUUUCUACUGUAUUAGAGUUGAUGGAUGAAUAUUAUCUAACAAAGGAAGACUUUGAUAACAUACUUGAGCUUUCAGUCCAUGGAAGUAUGAAAGUAGAUGACAAGUACAAGAAAGUCCCAACGAAAGUGAAGAGUGCGUUUACAAGAAAGUAUAACUCCUAUUUACACCCCACGGUUAUUUACAAAACUGGUGAUUCGGUCUCGAAGGGGAGAGGUAAGAAAUCCUCGACUCAUCUUGGAGAAUUCGGGGAGGAGGAAGGUGAUGGUUUGGAGGCUGAUGCCGAUGCCGAUGCAGAUACGGCUAAUGGCGAAGAUGAUGAAAAUGGGAAUCAAGACAUCAGCAAAGACUCGCUUAUUAAAACCGUUAUCCCCAAGUCAACCAAGAAGGUGGCUUCCAAAAAGGCUAAGAAAUAG